AAUGCAGCCUCGGAUUCUCCCGGCGUGGGGUUUGGUCGCCCCUGACAACAAAAGACGCCCUUUACACGACUAAAAAAGAUCCAGUAACACACGGCCUGUGUUCGUGGGCUUAAAACACGACGGUGUCUCAGUCUAGUGGUGAUUGGCUGCCACUAAAGUCAAUCAACUAUCAAUCAAGCAGCACAGUUGGGCACCAUGGCAACUCACCCAGCAACCGGUGCCCGGCAACAAAGACUCAUCCCCAUUAUAGUCAGUGUUGUAGGUUAGAGAGCUCUAAGGUCUGAACAGGCGGCCUCGCAGCAAGCAAACAUGGCUCCAAAGAAAAAGACAAAAAAGACCUCAAAGAAAAAUCCAGAGAAAAGUAACUUUGCCGGUGAAAAUGUCUUGGAAGAAAAGUAUAGGCGCAGUGUUUUGGAUGUAGCCGUUCUGCAGGAUCACAUAGCCUUGCAGAGUGAGUCAGUAAGAAAGGUCCAGUCUGAUAGAAUCGACCUGAGGAGACGCAUGAGAGACAUGGAGCAGAAGCUGCAGCACGAGAGGGAAAACCACAGGGACGUCAACUCCGACUUCAGUCGCCAGUACAAAACCAUGAAGACGGAGUUGACCGACAAAGUGAAGCGGCUGGAGCAGGAGGUCAGCCAGCUGAGGGAAGACCUGGCCCUUUGUCAAGAAGAACUGAGCAAAGAGAAAAGGGAACGUGAGAAAGUGCAACAGGAGAAGGAUGGCAUCAUAGCAGACCUCCAACACAAGCUGGACGGCAUGGAAACAGAAUAUGAGAAGGUCCUGCAUGAGACUCUGGACGGCCUGACUGCACAGCUGCAUGCGGCUCGGCGGGGACGGGAGGAGAAGAGCGCGGGCCUCCACCGAAAUUACAAGGAAGUGCUCUCUGAAUUUGGCCUGAAUGCGCUGGACACUUGAAAGACACGGCCUUCGCAAACGAAAGCCUCAGUGAGAUGCAUUUGUUUGUCUCUGCAUCUUUGACGAGACGACUGCGACUGAAAGUGAAGUCUGUGACAGAUUCAAUUUGUAACACCAAUAGGUGUUUUUAUUAUACUUUUAACCAUCAGUGUACAAGAGACUUAUCUGUAUUCAGUAGUGCGCCCUCUCUGUAAUGUUGUUUAAUGUCCACUAGAUGUAGCAAAUGACUACAGUCAGGGAGUGUUAUGUGUGUAUGCUGCACACUUGCCUUUGACAGAACAUAAAUUAAGAUGAAUAAAACCAUAAGAGGGAACUCUAA